AUGGACGCCUCCUCCCUCCGCAUCUCCAAGUUCGAUGGAACUAACUUCCACGCCUGGAAGUUCAAGAUGCAGAUGGUGCUGGAGGAACGGGACCUAUGGGAGGUCGUCAGCGGUGAGAUCAAGGCGGAAAAGUGCGAGACUCAGUUGGACCAAGCGACGUACAAGAGGAAGUCAAGAAAGGCGAUGGCAGUGAUCUGUCUAGCCAUGGAAGAUUCCCAGCUACCGUUGGUCCGGUCGGCAAGUGGUGCAUGCGACGCAUGGUCAAGGUUGGAAGACCACUUCGAGAAGAAGAGUCUUGCCAACAAGCUGUUCUUGCGCCGUCGCUUCUUCACGACAAUGAUGGAAGAAGGCGACGAUGUGCUCGAACACAUCAACAAGCUCAAGACGCUGGCGGAACAGCUAGAAGCGGUGGGGGCUCCAGUCUGCGAGGACGAUCUGGUGAUCACACUCCUCGGCAGCCUGAGUGACUCGUAUCAAUUCUUGAUCACAGCUUUGGAGUCGCGCUCAGACACUCUUAGCUGGGAGCUCGUGACGUCUCGACUGCUUCAUGAAGAAAUGAAGCGGAAGGAGCAAGGAAUUAAAGGUGAUGAAGCUUCGCAAGGUCAAGCGUUCAUCACAAGGGACAAUCAGCGCAAAGGGCGACCAGUGAAGAAGUCCUGGCCGUGCCACAAUUGCGGAAAGAUUGGUCACUGGAUGGCGGAGUGCCCCUCGCGCAUCCAAGAAAACACGGAGAGACACCGGCCACAGCGUGCUCAAGACAGCGGCGACCGCUAUCGAUCACAACGUGCAAACGUCGCUCAAGAAGAAGACUCGGGCGACUACCUCUUUUCGAUCGGUGAAACGACAUCUGCGAAAUCGAGCGACAUCUGGCUGGUCGACUCCGGGGCGACGCAGCACAUGACGUGCUCCAAGAAGUUCAUGCGGAACUACAAGGGGUUUGACGCUGUGGAUGUCCAUCUCGCGGAUGAUGGAAUCGUCCAAGCAAUCGGCAGUGGGGACAUUGUCAUGUCGAUGAAGACACCCCAAGGGAUGAAGAAAGGUGUGCUCACAAACGUGUGGCACAUCCCAAAGUUAUCCAGAAACCUGUUCUCGGUCGGCCGCUUCACCAAGGAUGUCGGCCCAGUGACGUUCACGAAGGAUGGGUGCUAUGGAGAAGCGAAAGGGACCAAGUGGAAAAUUGGUGCCCGUGAAGGUAAAGGACUGUUCAAGCUGCAAAUGACUCCAGUGGCGCCGGAACAAGCAAAUGCAGCCAAGUCGUCGGGAUGUCAAGGGGGCACCAAGUCGUACCUCUGGCACCUUCGGCUUGGCCACAUAGGUCACGAUGGACUCAAUUGCAUCGUGACGAAGAACAUUGGAAUUGGCAUCGACAUAUCUUCGGUGAAGAAGUGGGACGUGUGUGAAGGUUGUGCUCUGGGAAAACAGACUCGAGUGCGCUUCCAAUCAAACACUACAGCUCGCACCUCCAAACUCCUCGAAGUGAUUCACAGCGACGUAUGCGGACCGAUGUCGAUGGCAACUUUCAGUGGAAAAACGGUACUUCGUGACAUUCAUCGAUGA